AUGUUUACAAUUACAGACUGUGGGCCACCAGAAGGUGACGGAUCUGUGAGGUUUAACUUUUCAACCACUACGUUCGAGUCAGAAGCGACUGUAACGUACUGUGGGUCACCAGAAGGUAACGGAUUCGUGAGGUUCGACUAUACAACCACUACGUUCGAGUCAGAAGCGAAUGUAACGUGUAAUGAUGGAUAUGAAAAUCCAAUCCCUGCUAGAGUUACAUGCCAGGCAUCCGGAAAAUGGGAAGAAGCAACCUGUACCAUAAAAGACUGUGGGUCACCAGAAGUUGACGGAUCCGUGAGGUUCGACUAUACAACAACUACGUUCGAGUCAGAAGCGACUGUAUCGUGUAAUGAUGGAUAUGAAAAUCCCAUCCCUGCUAGAAUUACAUGCCGGGCAUCCGGAAAAUGGGAAGAAGCAACCUGUAAAAUAAAAGACUGUGGGUCACCAAAAGGUGACGGAUCCGUGAGGUUCGACUAUACAGCCACUACGUUCGAGUCAGAAGCGACUGUAUUGUGUAAUGCUGGAUAUAAAAAUCCAAUCCCUGCUAAAAUUACAUGCCAGGCAUCCGGAAAAUGGGAAGAAGCAACCUGUAAAAUUAAAGACUGUGGGUCACCAAAAGGUGACGGAUCCGUGAGGUUCGACUAUGCAACCACUACGUUCGAGUCAGAAGCGUCUGUAUCGUGUAAAGAUGGAUAUAAAAAUCCCAUCCCUGCUAGAAUUACAUGCCGGGCAUCCGGAAAAUGGGAAGAAGCAACCUGUAAAAUAAAAGACUGUGGGCCACCAGAAGGUGACGGAUCCGUGAGGUUCGACUAUACAACCACUACGUUCGAUUCAGAAGCCUCUAUAUCGUGUAAAGCUGGGUAUGAAAAUCCCAUCCCGGCUAAAAUUACAUGCCAGGCAUCCGGAAAAUGGGAAGAAGCAACCUGUAAAAUAAAAGACUGUGGGCCACCAGAAGGUGACGGAUCUGUGAGGUUUAACUUUUCAACCACUACGUUCGAGUCAGAAGCGACUGUAACGUGUAAUGAUGGAUAUGAAAAUCCCACCCCUCCUAGAAUUACAUGCCAGGCAUCCGGAAAAUGGGAAGAAGCAAAAUGUACAAUAAAAGACUGUGGGUCACCAGAAGGUAACGGAUUCGUGAGGUUCGACUAUACAACCACUACGUUCGAGUCAGAAGCGAAUGUAACGUGUAAUGAUGGAUAUGAAAAUCCAAUCCCUGCUAGAGUUACAUGCCAGGCAUCCGGAAAAUGGGAAGAAGCAACCUGUACAAUAAAAGACUGUGGGUCACCAGAAGGUGACGGAUCCGUGAGGUUCGACUAUACAACCACUACGUUCGAGUCAGAAGCGAAUGUAACGUGUAAUGAUGGAUAUAAAAAUCCCAUCCCUGCUAGAAUUACAUGCCAGGCAUCCGGAAAAUGGGAAGAAGCAACCUACUGUGGGUCGCCAAAAGGUGACGGGUCUGUGAGGUUCGACUAUACAGCCACUACGUUCGAGUCAGAAGCGUCUGUAUCGUGUAAUGAUGGAUAUGAAAAUCCCAUCCCUGCUAAAAUUACAUGCCAGGCAUCCGGAAAAUGGGAAGAAGCAAUCUACUGUGGGUCGCCAAAAGGUGACGGAUCCGUGAGGUUCGACUAUACAACCACUACGUUCGAGUCAGAAGCGACUGUAACGUGUAAUGAUGGAUAUGAAAAUCCCAUCCCUGCUAAAAUUACAUGCCAGGCAUCCGGAAAAUGGGAAGAAGCAACCUACUGUGGGUCGCCAAAAGGUGACGGAUCCGUGAGGUUCGACUAUACAGCCACUACGUUCGAGUCAGAAGCGACUGUAUCGUGUAAUGAUGGAUAUGAAAAUCCCAUCCCUGCUAAAAUUACAUGUCAGGCAUCCGGAAAAUGGGAAGAAGCAACAUACUGUGGGUCACCAGAAGGUGACGGAUCCGUGAGGUUUGACUAUACAACCACUACGUUCGAGUCAGAAGCGACUGUAUCGUGUAAUGAUGGAUAUGAAAAUCCCAUCCCUGCUAAAAUUACAUGUCAGGCAUCCGGAAAAUGGGAAGAAGCAACCUACUGUGGGUCGCCAAAAAGUGACGGAUCCGUGAGGUUCGACUAUACAGCCACUAUCUUCGAGUCAGAAGCGACUGUAUCGUGUAAUGAUGGAUAUGAAAAUCCCAUCCCUGCCAGAAUUACAUGCCAGGCAUCCGGAAAAUGGGAAGAAGCAACCUACUGUGGGUCGCCAAAAAGUGACGGAUCCGUGAGGUUCGACUAUACAGCCACUAUCUUCGAGUCAGAAGCGACUGUAUCGUGUAAUGAUGGAUAUGAAAAUCCCAUCCCUGCCAGAAUUACAUGCCAGGCAUCCGGAAAAUGGGAAGAAGCAACCUGUACAAUAAUAGACUGUGGGUCGCCAAAAGGUGACGGAUCCGUGAGGUUCGACUAUACAGCCACUACAAUCGAGUCAGAAGCGACUGUAUCGUGUAAUGAUGGAUAUGAAAAUCCCAUCCCUGCUAAAAUUACAUGUCAGGCAUCCGGAAAAUGGGAAGAAGCAACAUGUAAAAUAAAAGACUGUGGGUCACCAGAAGGUGACGGAUCCGUGAGGUUUGACUAUACAACCACUACUUUCGAGUCAGAAGCGACUGUAACGUGUAAUGAUGGAUUCAUAAAUCCCAGUACUGAAAGAAUAAGAUGCCAGGCAUCCGGAGAAUGGGAAAAAGCAACCUGUUUAAAAGACCUUUGUGCGCCGUCUCUUCCAACAAUAAGCAACGGAGGUGUGACACGUGAUUCAAAUACAGCAGCAACUGUGAAGUGUGAUGCCGGUUAUCGUCCAAGUACAUUCUCGGAAGCGAUAUCCUGCGAAGAAUCAUCAGGCUCUUGGACACCACAUGUCACAUGUGAUCUAAUUUGCAACAAUCCAAAUGAGGUGACCGUGGACGGUACCCGUUACCGACUUUGUGACGGAGAUGGUUCUGGUUCAAAUGGUCGUUUAGAGGUCUACGUUGAAGGCGAGUGGGGAACAGUGUGCAGUGACUACUGGCAACGUGAAAACUACAACUUUGAAGUAACUUGUAGAAUGUUUGGAUAUAGAGAUGGCAAAGAAGCCUCUUUCACGCAAGGCUGGGGCUCCAUCUUGAUGGACAAUGUCUAUUGCAGAACCGAUUCAGUGAAUUCCCUCAUUGACUGCUUCCGUGGAUAUGUGUAUUGGACUUUUAAUGUUAUGUAUACUUUCACGCCUUUUGGUGAAUAUACCACCUCAACAACGACAUAUUUGACUUAUUAUUUUUCUUCAUACUAUGAACUUGGAGAACACAAUUGUAACCAUAGAAAGGAUGUUGGAAUCUCGUGUUACUCCUAGUCUUAAAACUGUGUGUAUUUUCUUUAAUGGUGAUAUCUUUGUCUGUGUAAGUUAUCAAGCGUAUGGUUUAUGAAUACAUAUUGUUUUAUAAUUGAU